ACUCCGGCCGGUCCUUCAUAAGGCCGCUGUUCCCGCUCACGCAGCAUUCCUUCCCGAUCUGAGACCUCGGAGCGGACCGGACCGAAGCAGCAACAUGGCCAGAACCAAGCAGACCGCCCGGAAGUCCACCGGAGGCAAAGCGCCCCGGAAGCAGCUCGCCACCAAGGCCGCCCGCAAGAGCGCCCCGGCCACCGGCGGCGUGAAGAAGCCGCACCGCUACCGGCCCGGCACCGUGGCCCUGAGGGAGAUCCGCCGCUACCAGAAGUCCACCGAGCUGCUGAUCCGCAAGCUGCCCUUCCAGCGCCUCGUGCGGGAGAUCGCGCAGGACUUCAAGACCGACCUGCGCUUCCAGAGCUCCGCCGUCAUGGCCCUGCAGGAGUCCAGCGAGGCUUACCUGGUGGGCCUGUUCGAGGACACCAACCUGUGCGCCAUCCACGCCAAGCGGGUCACCAUCAUGCCCAAAGACAUCCAGCUGGCCCGCCGCAUCCGCGGGGAGCGAGCCUAGACUGACCCGAGACCAGCCGACCGCCACGCAGACCAACGGCUCUUUUAAGAGCCACGCAGACCCUCUGAGAGCCCAGACCCGCUCGUUGCUCAUACGAACACAACCACACAAACACAAUAUAUGAUCAGCUGCUCUCGGACGAUUAAUGAAGCGGAACGAAUGUUCACAGUAAUUCACACAAUGUACCGCAAUGACGGUGUCAUUGGCAUUAGCCAACGUUAGAGACCAGAGAGGUAAAACUGGCCAACCAGCAUGUUUGUUCGACCGUUUUACGUUGAAGGAGACUCAUAAAAACGGGCUCGUCUCUGAUUGGACGGUCAGAGCUACGCUCACUUUGACCAAUCAGGGAGGACUCGCGUUCUAAUAACCGGAUUGAGAGCAGUGACGUCCUAAUCUCUAUCCUAACAAUAUUAUUAUUAUGCAUAUAUCUCAUAAAUCAACCGUUGUGCUAUAUCCUUCUUUUCAACACUCAUUUAUUAUUCUAACCAUGACAUUUUUCCACUAUGCAGAUCAUCCAGAUACUAUAAGAAAAAAAACAUGUAAUUACCCUCAACAUGAAAAAAACAUGCCUCCUGAAUAACACAUAGUAACAAACCAAUAAAAAUCAUUUCCUAGAGUAAAGAGAUCUGUAAAUGACAAUAUGUCUAAUAUUCUCUCCCGACGUGUUUAACAGCCUGCGAUGUAAAAGCGCUUCUUCGUCAACAGGGACGUGUCAUGGUCGAGAAAACACUCAUUUUGUCCACAUGUGGAAACUGCUGAAAUACACCUGAUACACCUGAGAGUCAUAGAAUGAACGAGGAAAUGAAAGCACGCUCUGUCAUUGGCUGGGCUCCUGUCAAAGGGCGGAGCAUAGAUAUGUAUAUAAAGGCUAGAUGUUUCUCUGCGUCGCUGGUCAACGAGUCGAACGUCUCUCACGGCGGCCAUCUUGGUACAGGAAGUUCG